CCCCGGUAUAUACCUGCUCUCCGCUCUGUCCCCAACAAGCACAACCCAACCGCUUAGCGGCAAAUGACAGCAUGGGGUAUUGCUACAGUUGCUAAAGUUGCCUUCUAAUAAUGAAGAUAAAUGCUCCCAUAGACUCCUGAUAUCGGCUGUCACAAGUCAGUAUCAAUCACAACUUGAACACCAGCAAUCAUGGAGAACAAUGACACUUCUAAUUCUGCGGGGGUGACGGACAAUCUGCUCAGCGACCUUGAGAAGCAGAAUACAAAGCCAUUGUGGGCGCAGAUGAGCAAACUGAAUCCGCCCCUCCCAAAUCCUACCGCGAAACCUCAUCUCUGGAACUUUGAGAAAAUCAGGCCCCAUCUUCUUCGCGCGGGCGAGCAGAUAACCGAGAAGCAAGCGGAGAGAAGAGUGCUUAUGUUGGUCAAUCCUGAAAGAGUGGCGCCAUAUACAACGGACACCCUCUAUGCGGGCCUCCAGCUCGUCAUGCCAAAUGAGACCGCACCUGCACAUCGUCACAGAGCCUUUGCAAUGCGCUUUAUCAUCGAGGGCACUGGCGGGUUUACGGCUGUCCACGGCCGGCGAAUCAACAUGACCCGUGGAGAUGUGAUUUUGACUCCAACAUGGAACUGGCACGAUCACGGAAAGGACGGAUCAGGACCAAUGAUCUGGCUCGACGGCUUAGAUCUACCUUCUUUCGUUCACUUCCCCGUUCAUUUUGUGGAGCAUUACAAGGAGAGCCGAUAUCCAGCAGAGAAUGUGGACACUAGUGAAAGCCCGAUUGUAUUUCCAUGGCCCAGAAUGAAGGCAGCUCUCGAUUCUGAACAGGGAUACUACGUUAUUAAGAGAUAUUUGAGGGGUGACGGCAGCGAAGUGUCCAAGUCAUUGGGUGGAUGUGCGGAGCGCUUGAACCCCGGAAAGAGUUCACCUGCGGUCCAGGAAACUGCUUCCUCUGUGUACCACAUCAUUGAAGGAUCUGGUUACUCGCGGAUCAAUGGCGAGAAAAUUACCUGGAAGAAGAGUGACACUUUCUGUAUACCAGCUUGGUACACUUAUGAGCACUUCGCGGAUGAGAAGGAGACAGUCUAUUUGUACCGCUUUGACGACAAGCCCAUGUUGAAUGCACUUGGGUUUUACAGGACGAAGGAUACUGACAGUGAGGGUCUAGCAACUGCUCACGUGUAAAAAAAAACAAGACAUAACCUGCAGAGGGAAUGAAUGUGACUUAUUCCUUUCAAUAUAUCUUUAACUGAG